UCUACUUAUUGACAUCCAUAUAUAAGUAAGUCCCCAUCUCAUUUAAUGGCAUUUUUUAUUGGUGCUAACGCUUCAGACAAUAUGCGCUGCAAAUUCUUGAAAAGUUGUACUUUAGUCGCUUUUGGGUUUUUAAGUGUUUUAAUUGAAGAGUCCCUCCAAGGCCUUAAUUCAGGAUUUCCUACGUGCAAAGUUAAUGAGCCUGAGUUUCAGGCAUGCCUGGAUAAGGCUAUAGAAGGCGGCAUUAAAUUUCUAAAGAAAGGUUUACCAGGGUAUAACUUAGCUGCUCUAGAACCCUUCACUUUGCCCUCAUUGCAAAUAGGAGCGGGAGAAGGGGCGGUACAUUUAGUGCAAAAUUACAAAGAUGUUAUGAUUCAUGGCUUUACCGAUGUGAUUGUGAAUAAUUCACACGUAGACCUAGAAAAGAAAACUUUAUCUUUUUCGACGUUUCAUCCAAGACUAUCGCAAAACUCUGAAUAUGACAUUAAUGGGAAAAUCUUGGUAUUGCCUGUAAGGGGAAAGGGGCCUUCGUUCUUGACAUUAGAAAAUCUAUUUUCCAACCACGUGCUCCAGUUUGAUGAGACCCAAAAAGAUGGAAAAACCUACUGGGUCCCAAAAGAUUAUUCUUUGAAAAUGUACCCCAAUCACGCCACGUACAAGUUCGAUAAUUUGUUUGAUGGAAAUAAGCUUUUGGGCGAUAAUAUUAACGAGCUGAUCAACAAGGAGUGGAUGACGAUUUUUGAGGAUGUUGGACAGGGAUACGCGGCUGCUUACGCCAAAAUAUUUUUGAGUUAUGCAAAGAAAAUUUUUGGUAAAGCACCAAUUAAUGAGAUCUUUAUGAAAUAGUUGUUAUGUUUUAUGCUAUUUUAUUUAAAUAUACUCUUAUUCUAAAAGUA